AUGGGCUGGGGUGGAGGUUUGACUCUAGUAAAUGGUUCGCCGUUCGACUGGGCCUUAGACAACCAACACUCAUAUCAGCUGGACACAUGGGAAUGGCCAACGAUAAAUUCUGGCCAAGCCUCAAAGGUUUACGUUGAGUUUGGGACCAGAGGAAACACCCGUGACGAUGCAGGCGAAGCCUACUACAGUAUCGAUGGAACGUCGAACAAGUUUACGGUACUAGGCCGAAAGCCUUCAGAUUAUAUGCUUACCAUAUCUCUGGAUGAUAUGUCGACGAAGCAGAGUUCGCAGGGAGCAAAGAUCGACCUGGGCUUUCGGCACAAUGCUGCGGUCAACUGGAUCAUGUCUACAGAUGAAGCAGGUCACUGGUGGUCGAACAGCGGCACCUACUCGGACUGGAUGCAGCAGAGCAUGGGCUCACUUGCGAAUAGAACGCUAAAGCACAUCUGCAUGCCAGGUUCUCACGACGCUGGAAUGAGUACGUUCAAUCCGGGUACCAUUGGCGCGCACUUUGCCAACACUCAAACACAAUACCUAGACUUCUACCAACAAUUGAUGGCUGGGUCGCGAUAUUUUGACCUUCGUCCAGUGCUCUCUCGAGGUGAAUGGGUAGCUGGUCACUAUGGCCAAGUUGGUGAUGUUUGGCUUGGUGGUAAUGGACAGACACUUGAAGAGAUCAUACGUCAGAUCAACGACUUCACAGCAAACUACCAAGAGCUCAUCAUCAUAAAUCUAAGCCACACACUCGACACAGACAACAAGUACAAAGACCUUACACAAACGCAGUGGAACGAUCUCUUCACCACAUUAAAACGUAUCAAUAAUCGCUACACCGUCAGCAACCCAGGAGCCACCGAUCUCUCUAAUUAUCGUCUAGGCAACUUCAUCACGGACCGUGCCUCAGUCCUUAUUAUCGCCCAGAUACCUGAGAGUAUAAUACUAGGCGACUUCGCAAACCAGGGUCUCUACUCCGGUCACAACUUCCCAUUCUACGACGAAUACAGCAACAGCAACAAUCUUGCCAACAUGAAAAGCGAUCAGAUAGCCAAGCUCAAGCAGAAUCGAAAUAUAGUGGCGCAAGAAAACGAGAAGAAGGAUGUUUUCCACAUCUUCUCUUGGACGUUGACGCAACAACCUGGAGAUGUAUUGAAUUUUGACAAAGCCAUCAUGAACAUGGCCGUCUCAGCCUUCGAUGACCUGAUAAGCGAAGCCUGGAACGCCUACACACCGCAAAGUUUCCCAAACGUGAUUUUCGUAGAUAGUCUGGGAGUCAGAGACAAGAGCGUGGUCUUCCCGUUCGACAAACCAAAGCAGGGGCUGCAAUCUAACUACGACAUUGCUGCAUUUGCUGUUGCGGUAAAUAAUGGUAUUGCGGGGAGAAACCGGGUUGUCACUGGGGGGUGA